AUGGCAUCAUCACCAAUAAGAUGCUUGCAUCUGCAGUUGCAGUUGCACCACCAAACCCAGUUCACGGCCAGUUCAACUUGGAAACCCGGUAACACUAGGAGAAGCCAAGUUCAAGUAGUCAAGGCAGAGCAGCAAAAUGAAGCAGGCAUUUCAAGAAGAUCAUGCGCCAAUAUUCUCAUCAUGACUUGGCUGCCGGCCCUGACCCUCAUUUCGGCUUCUCCAGCGUCCGCGGAGGCCAGACUGAGACGCAACAGGAAAGCCAUCCCUCUUGAAGACUACAGUACUACCCCUGAAGGAUUAAAAUAUUAUGAUUUGGUUGAAGGAAGGGGUCCAGUAGCUGAGAAAGGAUCAACAGUUCAGGUUCACUUCGAAUGCUUAUAUCGUGGGAUAACAGCUGUAUCAAGCAGGGAAUCCAAAAUCUUGGCUGGAAAUCGUAUUAUUUCCCAGCCAUACAUCUUCAAAGUUGGCUCACCUCCAGGGAAAGAACGAAAGCGAGAGUUUGUGGAUAACGCAAAUGGUCUAUUUUCCGCACAAGCUGCACCAAAACCCCCUCGAGCAAUGUACUCAGUAACUGAAGGGAUGAAAGUAGGAGGGAAGCGAACUGUGAUUGUUCCUCCAGAGGCUGGAUAUGGCCCAAAGGGCAUGAAUGAGAUCCCUCCUGGAGCAACGUUUGAGCUGAAUCUGGAGCUUUUGCAAGUGGAUCCACCUUCAUGAGAGUGAGCAGCCUGACACAGGUUGUGACAAGAUCACAGUAAUUAACUUUCACAUCAUGACAUGUUUCUACUGUAACCAAGAAGAGGCUGUGUUGGAACUACCUUUUCCCAAGAGAAGUUUUGAUCCUGAAAAAUUCUUUUUUGUGCCUAAUAGAAGAUAGCGAAAAGCCGAAUGUAUCUGCAUUUGCUGUAUCCUGUUGGGGUAGGCAACUUGACAUUGCUGUAUGCAACAGUUUUCAUCAGUGUGCAACUGUGCAUCUUACCAUAACUGUCAUCAAUGAAGUGACAGAUUUGUUUUGGCAUGUACAGUUGACAGACUUUUUUUACAAUAAGCUUUUUACCCUUUGAAACG